GGAUUGGACUGCCUGAGAGGAUGGGCAUAUAAAAGUGUUAUUCUCGUCCGACUCCUUUGACCAAUAUUCUCACUACCUCGCUAAAUCUCUGCAGCGGAAAGAGAGACGAAGAAGCCCACCCCAAAUCUGCGACCAUGCAUGACACCCACUACAUAGAGCUGAGAUUGAUUCUCUUGGCUCUUCUCUGCGUGACGGCCCACGCUCACUCCUGGGUCGAAGAACUAAUGGUCAUUGCGCCGAAUGGGACCUUUGUCGGAUCUCCAGGUUAUGCACGUGGGAAUGCUCUCCGAACAGAUCCCGGGUUUAGCGACGUCCUCAUGACUUAUUUGGUACCGCCGGACGGUAGACAAAAUUCUAGCUUAAUACUUCCGUCGGAUCAUCUGUGCAAGAGUAGCCAGCAAAACCCUGUGCAGACUAGAGGGAGCCCAAGAUUACAGGCGAGCGCAGGCGCCGCCAUCGCUCUUCGCUUCCAGGAGAACGGCCAUGUAACCCUACCUCAAAAUCAGAUAGGAAAACCGCAAAAUCGCGGAACAAUAUACGUCUACGGGACGACAGAACCAAAAGAGGAUGAGAAGAUGCUAGACGUUCAUAAGGUGUGGAAUGUGAAUGGAACCGGUGGCGAUAGGAGGGGCGUGCUUUUAGCGAAACGGAACUUCGAUGAUGGCCGUUGCUACCAGAUCAAUACUGGUAGUAUUUCGGAGACUCGACAAGCCAAGUAUCCGCACAUUGCAGACCAGUUAAUGGGGGCUGAUUUGUGGUGUCAAGCAGACGUUGCAAUCCCAUAUGAUGCGCCCUCCGGCAAACCGUAUACGCUCUACUGGGUUUGGGACUGGCCAACCGCGGCUGGGGCGGAUCCUGCGCUCCCCAACGGCAAACAAGAAAUCUAUACGACCUGUAUGGAUGUGGAUGUGGUUGAUCGCCCGAAAGGCCGUAUUGGGGUUAAGGAAGGGUAUAUGGGAACCCAGUCUUUGAACAGUGCUUCGAUCCCGGAUCAGUUUGCAGAGAUUUUUGGUCAUGGAGAGGAGGAGGACGAGGAGGAGGAUCCUUCUCCUGUAUCUGGUACUCCGUCAAGUACUUCAGUUGCGGCUCUGCCUGUAACUCCUGUGUCCAAGUCACCCGUGUCUGGCGAAACAGUUACAGUUACUUCAUUUGUUACGUCGGUGAAGGUCAUCCAUCCGACUGGUUGCGUCUGAGAUGAUCUCAGCAUUAUCACAAGUUCUCUGCAUUGAGAGAGAGAGAGAGAAAGUUCCCUUACAUAGCACCGUUUGUACAGUCUCCUGGAAAUGUGCUACUGUAUAUGUGUUAUAGCCAGGCCGGCCUAGCUGACACCAAGCACUCUCCUUUCCGAGUCAUUGUGUUGAGAUUAAAUAACUAUCUGUAUUCAAUGUCGUUUGUGAUAACAUGCCCUGUAACGCCAAAAAGAAGAAAAAAAAAACGAAUCAAAAGCAUGAAACUAUCAAGGCCAA